CGUCGGCACACGCAGUGGCUGUUGUAGAUUAAGACUCUCUCGCGACACCGAAGCAUCGAGUCAAGAUGGGGCGAAAUGGGGUCUUUGGUCAGCUCAGCGGCAUCGAUGCCUUUGGCAAGACGAUGGACGACGUCCGAAUCAGGACCAACGUGGGCGCCAUCAUCACGCUCAUCUCCUUCAGCCUCAUUGCCAUCCUGACGCUGGGCGAGUUCGUUCAGUACCGCAAGAUCCACACCGAGUCCACCCUCGUCGUGGACAAGUCCCGGGGUGAGCAGCUGACUAUCAGCCUCAACAUGACGUUCCCCCGCGUGCCCUGCUAUCUCAUCUCGGUCGAUAUCAUGGACAUCUCUGGAGAUCACCAGACCGACAUACGCCACGAAGUCGAGCGCACCCGUAUCGAUCAGAAGGGAAGGCCCAUCGAUGUGGGCAGCAAGAGCCUAAGGGGAGAGGCCAACCGACUGGCCAACACGCACGGCAAAGACUACUGCGGCUCGUGCUACGGCGGUGAGCCGCCAGAGAGCGGGUGCUGCAACACCUGCGACGAGGUUCGCGAAGCCUACGUCCGCCGAGGCUGGAGCUUCUCCGACCCAGACCACAUCGAUCAGUGUGUCUCCGAGGGCUGGUCGCAGAAGAUCAAGGAGCAGAAUACCGAGGGCUGCAAUGUCGCGGGCAAGGUCCACGUCAACAAGGUCAUUGGCAACUUCCACAUCUCGCCAGGCCGCGCAUUCCAGCGAAAUAGCAUUCACGUCCACGAUCUCGUUCCCUACCUCGCUGGCGAGGGCGCAGAACACCACCACUUUGGCCACGUCAUUCACGAGCUCUCCUUUGGAUCGUCGGACGAGUACGAGGUGACGGGCAGGCACUACGGCCAGGCUGUCAAGACGAUCAUGGGCAUCAUUGACCCUCUCCACGGCUACGUGGCCCACACGGACAAGAGCCAGUACAUGUUCCAGUACUUUGUGAAGGUGGUGCCGACGGAGCUGCACCUGCUCAAUGGGCACUCGUUCAAGUCACAUGAAUACAGCGUCACGUCGUAUGAACGCGACCUGUCUCCCAAUGCGCCCAAUGCAGCCAACCAGGCUACCCAGGGCGGGGGGCCGAUGCACUCGGUGCAGCACGGCUUCGGGGGCAUGCCCGGCUUCUUCUUGAACUACGACAUCUCGGCCCUCAAGGCCAUCAACAAGCAGACGCGUACCAGCUUCUCACACUUUCUCACGUCGACGUGCGCCAUUGUGGGUGGGAUACUCACCGUCGCGGGUAUCGUCGAUGCUGCCGUGCACGAAGGCAGGAUCCGCCUGGCUGCCAACAACGGCGACGCCGGUGGAUGGGGAGCGGGCCCCCGCAUGGGCGGCAAGCUGGUGUAGUGCUUGUGAUUUGUACCAUCAUCUCAACUUUCUCAGUUACAAAAUCAAGAAAUUGCAGCAAUUGCC